GUGAGCCCCGCCCUUGCCACACACCGAUGGACCGUACAACGCCGUACCGUAUUACAUCCAGUCAAACAGCCAGUUAAAGCCAUACAUCGGGUGUGAAACGAACGAGGGUUCUGUACCCACCAACAAGUGAAUACCAGGAGCAACUGACUCAAGUUUGUACGAGUUAACUGGCGAUAAUUUGCAAGAACACGAUGAUUUGGCGACUACUGUUAACGGUAGUCCUUCUGACCGCAGGAUUACUCCGCUGCCAGGGACAAACAGCGACAUCCACAGUGGAAUAUACAAGUACGACAGGAGAUGUCACUGAUGCACGUUCAACAGAAAAUCCAACAACAACAACCACAGCAGAAGUAACAACAACAUUACAACCAACAACAACAACAACAACAAUAACAACAACAAAACAACCAACAACGUCGUUAAAAACUACCACACAAAUGGCUACAACAUUAAUGUACAGGGAACCAUCCGAAGAUCUGAUUGCAGAAGGUGGCGUUGAAGUCGAAUUAGAGGCAGUGCUAUCUACGACUGCCACGGAGAUUUUUGAUGAAGAUGAAUUUCGAAAAGUAAUGGCUGAAUAUGCCAAUAUAUGGUGCACUGAAGAUCCUGAUAACUGUGAGACAGCGGAUCCACUUAUGGUUCAUGCAAACGACGUUGUUGUGUAUGAAACGAGUGACUGUUCGGAUACUGACUACGAUUGUGUUGAUGACGGCAAUAUUGUAGUUGGAUUCUACAUCACUAAACCCUCAGCUUCUCAUGAAGUCUUGAUGACGAGUGAAUCACUCGAAGCGAUGCUGCGGACAUACGAGGAGGAAAUAGAAGCAGAUCUUGGUUAUGGAAUAGUACCACCAAAAGAAGUGGAAGAAGAGGAAGAUAGUUCUGGAUUGGAACCGUGGGUGAUUGCCUUAAUAUGUUUCCUAAUUCUAUGCGUCAUCGUGUUGAUCAUUAUUCUGGUAGUAAGGAAUCGCAGACAAAAAAGAUUGGCCAACAUGCCAAAAGAAGAGUUUGACUUGGUUUUGAAUGGAACAGGCGCUUCACCUGUACCAGGUCAUGGUAAGCAAAAGAAAGAUGAAAGUACCUUAGUCUACCAGGCUUGGAUUUUAAGAGCCAUGCAAGAAGAUGAAAUUGGAACGCAAGUACGAUCCGCCGAUAUAUUAAGAGCCAUGAAAGAAGAUGACGUGGGUACACAGGUGCGAACAGCUGACAUUGUAAACGAAAUGAAAAAAGCCCCAUUAGUAACGCACGUUGACGAGACUAAAGAUCACAGUCCAAGCUCGGCAAGAGCUAGUAUUCAAUCAGGGUCAUCAAGUGAUGACGACAAUAAUAUGGUACCACCAGAAUAUGAGAAAAUCAUUGAUCCCGGGCCGUCAAAAGUACAAAAAGAGCCAGAACCCCAAGCUGCUGUAACAGUAAGCGUGACAGCAACAAAAGACGCACCGGGCAAAGAUCCGUCAGCAUCAGUUACUGUAACAGCAACAAAAACUGUUACAGAUCCACCGCCACCACCCCCUCCUCCAGCGACUGAACCGCCACUGGACGACACACUACCACCACCACCGGAAAUGGAGGCGCUGCAAGAAUUUGACAAACUUAUUGAUAACAACGAUUCUCCUGUUCCAGCAGCCGCUUACGAUAAUCCCGCAUACGAAGUAAUUAAUCAUGAGACUGGCACUGGUUUACAAGAUGGGUCACUGGUAACAGCACUAUAGGAACUUUAAUAACAAGUAUUAUGUAGAUUAGCUCAGUUGAUUUUAAAUAUGUUUGUAUUGUAUUUAAGGUGGCGAGAGGCGGUUAGGGUCCAAUCUGAUUAAAAUCUGAUGUAGUGUACGGGCUUUAAUUAUUGUGGCUAUAAACUUAUUUUAAAUUUAUUUUUUUAUUACUUUUGUUAUU